ACAGAUAUGGGACAGAAAAAUCGGAAUACAAGAGUUGUUCCUCGUUCUAAGAAUGUAGGUAGGAAGAAAUGGAAAAAAGGUCAAAGUAGCAGUAGUAAUCCAGAGACGAAAAGAUUUCGGGAGGCUGCGAAAAGCAGAUUUUUCAACAAACAGUCAGGUCCCAGCUCAUUGACUGUAGAUGCUUUGGCCAAACACAAUGAGGUACAGGUAGACGGUGAUGGAGAUGCUAUUUUGUCUGGUGAUGAAUCAGACAGACUGACAGCAGGAGGGAAAACUUUUAACACAUGGGCAACAAAUUGGACAGAUUGUACUAAUGUCACGUUCAACAAAGUUCAUCGAUAUUGGGCAUCAAACUCAGCCCUACACAGAGAGAUUUUGGCCAUUUUGGCAGCUGUUACAGAAGUCAUCAAGUCAGAGGGAGGAACUGAAACAGAAACUGAAUACUUUGCAGCAUUGAUGACAGCAUUAGAAACAACCGAAGGGUUGGAUUCCCUGACGGCAAUAACUUACCUUCUCAACCUCGUCCUAAAACGAGUACCACCACCAGUGUUACGGAGUAGAUUUUCUGAAGUAGCACGACAACUAUUAGACAUCAUGGCAACCCAUGCUGAUGGAGAUUCCACCUCACUCCUGAAAUCACUGCUGAUGUCCCUUUCAACACUGCUGCGAGUCCAGGAGCCUGCUGUGUGGUCUAAUUCAUCCACUCAUCGGAUUUAUUCUGGUCUUCUUACCUUCACCACUCAUAAAAAACCCAAAGUACGGAAGGCUGCCCAUAAGGGUGUUUGUAUAAUACUCAUGGGUAGCCUGUUUAUGACCCAAGGGGAUCCUCCACCUCACCACCCUGCUGCUUCCAUUACUGCCAAGUUCUGUAUACAGAAAAUUGAGGAGUGUGGAGGAACUGGAGAUGCAACAGACACACUACACACAUUGUCUUUACUGAAAGAGGUGAUGGGACACCUUCCCCAACACAGCACCAAAUCUGUGUGUGAGACCAUACUGAGGCUGAUGACACUCAGUAACCCGAUGGUUACUGCUAGCAGUAUGCAGACAUUACACAGUCUAUUUGCUUCCAACCCCAAAAUAUCCAGCUUUUCCUCAGAACUUAAUGGACAGAUCAUAACCGCAUUGUAUGACUAUCAGCCAUCAGAGAAUGAUGUACAACCAAUGCAAGCCUGGCUAACUGUCAUGGAGAAGGCACACAUUAACCUUGUUAAACUGGAUGAGAAGCUGGGAAUCAGUCAUCUGCCUCGUCUUUUCUCCACAGCGAUGGCCAGUUUAUUGUCAGAUAAAGAGGAAGUGAGAUCCUCUGCGGCCAAAGCAAUGAAGAGUUUGCUGAAGACAUGUCUAGGUACAGUGUCUGAAGGGCUUGUGAGUGUGGUUAGAUCUGCCCCUGAUGGGUCACCCACACCUAUACACAAGCUGGUGUGUGCGAUGGACAGUGGACUCACCUAUCAGUUCCAUGCGUCUUGGGGACAUGUCCUCAAUAUAUUCUCCAUCUUCUUUGAGGUUUUUGGAAAGCAGUGCCCACAUCUGUUUAAAAAGAGUCUCUCCUCGAUAGCCAGUCUACGUGAUAGUCCUCGAUUUGCUUACAAAGCUGAACUUGAUCAUGCAUUUGGUUGUGCUGUUAAAUACAUGGGUCCUCGACAAGUGUUGCAGGCAGUCCCUCUGAACAUUACAGGAGAAAAUGACGACUACAGUUUCCCAACCAGUUGGAUGUUACCAGUGAUUCGAGAUAACCUACACAAUACAGAGCUAGGAUUUUUUACGUCCUACUUCCUCCCGCUGGCUGCUAAAUUCAGACAGAGAGCAAUUGAGGACAAUGCUGGAGAUAGUGUUGUAGUGAAGAAGUCGUAUGAAGCUCUUCAUGGGCAGAUCUGGUCCAUGUUAUCAGGGUUUUGUACCAAACCAACAGACCUAGCUCAGUCUUUUAAAACCAUUGCCAAAGUGUUGGGUACAGCCAUCAGUGACAGACCAGAGCUUCGAAUGGAAGUGAUGUCAGCAUUACGUAAACUUGUCAACCAGAGUAAAGAAGAUGAGUCCAGUAAAAAGGCUGUGUCACAAUUUGCCAAGAAUUUCCUUCCUAUCUUAUUUAACUUGUUUACGGCUGAGCCAGAGAAAGAUAAAGAUCCUACACGAUUGGCUGUACUGGAGACCGUCAAAUGUUAUCUACAAAUAGCUGAUUCUCAGUUGGUGUAUUCUUUCUGUGAUAAAUGUCUGGAAAAGCUUACUGAAGAAGAUAUUUCCUCAUUUAGAAGACAAGCCUUGCUGGAUCUGGCCAUUGGAAUGGUGUCAUACUUAGACAAUACAAGAUUACGCUUAUUGUUGGAUUUCUGUAAAGCAAAUCUACAGAACACAGAUCGGUCCCUUCAGAAGAAAUGUUACCGUUAUAUGGAGGAGUUGUGUGCAUGUCGGUGUGAAACAAGUCAAAAGUUUAUCCAAGAUAAUUUAUCUGAGGUCCAGGAAGUGUUACUGUCCUCCCUCUCUACAUCUAGUCCAUCAUCAAAGGCGCCCCGGCUACGCUGUUUGAUCAAUAUAUUCCAACAAUUAGGUGAAGACCAACAAGACUUCCUCCUAGCUGUUGUUCCUGAGGCAAUACUGUGUACCAAAGAGCUGGCAGAGCGUGCGAGGGCAGCCUCCUACGGCCUGUUGGUGGAGAUGGGGAAGGCUCAGAUCAGAUGGGCAGAUAACUCUGACUUAACUCCUCAAGCGGCUGUCCACACCUACUUCAGGACAGUGAUGGCUGGACUGGCUGGAUCUCCUCAGAUGGUCAGUGCCACCCUGCUGGCUCUCACUAGAGUUCUUUAUGAGUUUAAAGACCAUAUUGACGGACUUCUACUAGAGUCAAUUAUCGACAAUGCUUGUUUACUUCUGACAUCUCGAGCUCGAGAGAUUGUCAAAUCAGCACUCAGCUUUAUCAAGGUUCUCCUGUCAGCCUACCAGGACACCACACUGGCGCCUCACCUAAAGAAACUGAUGUCUAACCUUGUCAGUAUGAAAGAAGAUGCCAGGCACCAUUUCAGAUUUAAAGCCAAGGAAAUCUAUGCCAAACUCAUCAGGAAAUUUGGGUAUGAGACUAUCUAUGGAAUGGCUCCAGCCAGUAUCCAUAAAAUCCUGGUCAACAUCAGGAAGACACAAGAAAGAGCAAAAAAAGCCAAGAAGGCUGGCAAGGCAGGUGAUGAUACUGAUAGUGAAGAUGAAGAGCAACUGAGGUCCCGGCCAGAAACAGUUGAGGAGAUGUUACAAGACACUGACUCAGAAAUGGAAGAAGAUGACAAUAAGAAGAAAAAGAAGGGAGAAAAGAAGUCAUCCAAGGGAGAUAAGGGGGCGUGGCUGCAGGAAGGAAACGAGGAUGAGAUUAUGGACUUCCUGGAUACGGCAGCUUCUAAGAAAGUCAUGGCCACUAAACCUCUUGGAAAGAAGGAAGGUACAAAGCAAAAAGAUGGAGGCUUCAAGAAAGCAGCAGACGGUCGACUUAUUAUCACACAGGAGGGUGAGGAUGAAGGUGCUGGAGGUCAAAUAUCAGAUGAAGAUGACCUUGAUGAGCUAUUGGAGGCCAUGGAGAAAGGAUCGGGAGCUACAAAGCGUGCAAAGAAGAGGAAGAUAGAAGAUAUUGCAUCGGAGGCUGGAGGCAGUGUAGCAUCCUCUCGUUAUAAAGCUGGAGGUCGUGGUAUUCAUCGAUCCCUGACGGGUGAUGUCAACAAGAAGAUAAAGACAGACAAACCAAUAGGAGGAGAGUAUAAAUCAAAGAAAGCUGGAGGUGAUAUGAAGAAAAAGGGAAAACCAGACCCAUAUGCCUAUGUACCACUCGACUUCCAAUCUCUCAACAAAAGGAAAAAGGCAAAGAUGCAAGGAAGAUUCAACAACUUGGUGAAAGGUGCUCGUAAAGGGGCCAUGAAGGGGUCAAAAGGCAAAGGGUCAAAGGGAAAGAGAUGAGCGUGUCAAAUAGGAAGAAGUCAAAUGGAGAGGAUUGCAGGGUUGAAAAGGAGAGGGUCAGAUCAAGGAGAUGAAACGAACAACAGAUUGAAAUGUUCUGUUGUGAUUAGCAUUAGGAUGUGAAUUACAAUAUUAUGGAAAUGAACCUGAAAUUGCAAAAAUUACUGAUGAGGAGGAUCAUGUUUGUUUAGGAGGCAUUGGGGUGUAACUUUCUUACACUUGUUUUGUUAAAUUCCCAAAUCGUGUUUAUGAAUAUGUCUACACUCUAAAUACAGUUGGUAUUCUUGUUGCUUAUGAACAUCAAUACAAUGGUUAUUUACACGGAUGUUUAUAGACACUUACUCUGGUAUAAUUGUAUAUAAUAAACUCCCUGUAGCACUGUAAAUGAUUGUUAAUUGUAAAAACUAGUUAGGAAACAUUGUACAGAAACAUUGCAAAUAAAUAUUUAAAGAUUCUUUUA